UUGCGCCAACAUCAGACGACCAGCACCAUCAUCUUGCUCGAUCCCAAUUGACUCGCCCAAUUGAUCCGAAUCGACUCGUUAAUCGAACCCAUCACGAACCUUUUCGCCGCCCAGACGCCUAAUCGCCCCAAUCGCCCGCCAUGUCCGUCACCGGCAUCACCGCGUCGAAUCCUUAUUCGAACGUCAACGACCUGUUGAGCAAUGUCCGCAACUUCAAGAUCAUCGAGUCGACUCUGAGAGAAGGAGAGCAAUUCGCCAAUGCGUACUUUUCAAGAGAAAACAAGAUCAAGAUCGCAACAAUGCUAUCGGACUUUGGUGUGGAUUAUAUCGAGCUUACGAAUCCCGCUGCCAGCCCGCAAUCCCGCGAGGACUGCGAAGCCAUCUGCAAGCUCGGCCUCAAGGCCAAGAUUCUGACCCACACAAGAUGCACCAUGGAGGAUGCCAAGCUUGCCUGUGACUGCGGCGUCGAUGGCGUCGAUGUUGUCAUCGGAACAAGUCAAUUCCUCCGGGAGCAUUCCCUUGGUGGCAAGGACAUGAAGGCCAUCACCAAGCAGGCCCUCGAGGUCAUUGAGUACAUCAAGAGCCGAGGCUGCGAAGUUCGAUUCUCAAGUGAAGAUUCUUUCCGAUCCGAUCUCGUCGAUUUGCUCUCCAUCUACCGCGCCGCCAGCAAUGCUGGUGUCGGUCGAGUAGGUGUUGCCGACACCGUCGGUUGCGCUUCGCCCAGACAGGUUUACGACCUUGUGAGAACCCUUCGAGGCUGUGUCUCUACCGAUAUCGAGGUUCACUUCCACGAUGAUACUGGCUGUGCUGUUGCGAACUCAUUUACUGCUCUCGAGGCUGGUGCUACACACAUUGACACAUCCGUGCUCGGAAUCGGCGAAAGAAACGGUAUCUGCCCACUUGGAGCUCUUAUGGCCAGAAUGAUGCCCACUAGCAGAGAUUACAUUCUUUCCAAGUACAAGGUUCACCAGCUCAAGGCUAUCGAAGACUUUGUCGCCGAGACCGUCGAGAUCAACGUGCCUUUCAACAACCCCAUUACCGGAUUCUGCGCCUUCACACACAAGGCUGGUAUCCACGCCAAGGCCAUCCUCAACUCCCCCUCCACCUAUGAGAUCCUUAAGCCAGAAGACUUUGGUCUAUCAAGGCAACUAUACAGAUAUGUGCACUUCACAUCCAGACUUACUGGAUGGAAUGCCAUCAAGAGCAGAGUUGACCAGCUUGGUCUCAAGAUGACUGACGACCAGAUCAAGGAAGUUACGGGCAAGAUCAAGCAGAUGGCAGAUCUCAAGGUCAUGACCCUUGACGAGAGCGAUGCCCUGAUUAGAUCCUUUCACCUUGAGUUACAACAAGCAGAAAAUAAUUAAAAUGGAUUAAAUCGCACAAAAAUGGGGAAUUGGGAACAAAAGUAUUGAUACAUCUUACGAUACAAAUGCAUAGGCAAAAACAAAUAAACUGUUGAUGAUAAC